AUGGAGGCCGAAAGACCUCUGGAAGGAGAAGAAAAUGGUGAGCAGAAUCCCUCCCAGGAUGAACAGGACUGGCCCCCUCUGAACACCACCGCACGGCCUUGGCGAUCUGCUCCUCCAUCCCCCCCUCCAGGGACUCGCCACACAGCCCUGGGUCCCGGCUCGGCCUCCUUGCUCUCCCUGCAGACAGAGCUCCUUCUGGACCUAGUGGCUGAGGCGCAGUCCCGCCGCCUAGAAGAACAGAGGGCCACCUUUUGUGCCUCUGAAAGCCCUCCAAACCAAGCCCCAGCCCCAACCCGGCCUCAUGAGGACAGAGAACAGCUCUACAGCACUAUCCUCAGUCACCAGUGCCAGCGGAUGGAAGCCCAGAGGUCUGAGCCUCCCCUCCCUCCAGGAGGACAGGAGCUCCUGGAGUUGCUGCUAAGGGUUCAGGGUGGGGGACGAAUGGAGGAGCAACGGUCCAGACCUCCCACACACACUUGCUGA